AUGGCAGGCCAGGAGUUAUUGUCUGUAUCAUCAAGUUUGACAAUAGCCCGUGGCGAUAAAAUAAAUGUCACUGUGGAAUCUGCGCUUCCUGACAUCAUCGUCGUCAGCUUCACCGAUGGGCUUAAAUCCUUCCAGGGUGCUUUGCUUGAUAUAACCAAGAAGGGAUUACCGUGUGGAAUAAAUCCACCUGAGGCAGCAGACCCCGACUCGGACAAAUUGGUGACCCUGGCAACCAGGUUCACUUAUUUCCAGGACAAGCGACCGGUUGUUAAUUCAAUAGGCCGACAUAUCAACGCUGCGAGACAAAAGUACAAAACCGCAAGGCCUACGGUGAGAUUACGUCCUAGGCAGGUACUUUGUAACAAGUGCCAGUCGAUUUGCAACGAGAAGAAUGAGAAUGUAGACGCUGGUAAAAAGCGCAAAUUUAGAGAUUUGUCUAAAGAAGACACCGGGUAUCGCAAAAGACGUCCAGAAGAUCAUCCAGUUAAAUUGUCUUCUCCAUUAAGAAAGUUAACCGAGGCUGAACCGGUUCAUGAAAUAGAAACCAAUGAUUUUAAGAAUUUUAAGAGUAAGACCGAAGGAAUUAAUGAUGAAGUCAAAAUGGAGAUUGCUGAAGAAGUUGAGGCUGAGGAGGUUGAGAAGGAACCGAUUGUUGUUGACUCUGUAAGGACAAAAGUCGGCCGGAUUCCUAGGAAGAAAAGAUCAGUUGGUUCGAUGGAAGAUCUUUGGGAUGAAAAUAUUUUUGAGGAUAUUAUUAAAUCCCCGAGGACUACGCCGAUAAUAAAAAUAUCUUUUGGAAGUCAAGGAGAGGGAACGGUUCUGAAAAUACCAGCUAAGACAAAAAUUUGUCUGGAUGAAGAGCCUGAAAAAGGGGAAAUUAUUUCAGACCCUCUGAAGCAGAGUAAAUUAAACUCGGACAGCUUGCUCGAUCUCCAGAAGACUGGUAAAGAUUUGGCGUGCGCAAAAGCGGCAAAGCGAGCGCUUAAAAAAGCUAAGAAAGAAGCGCGUAGAAAAAUUCUCGCUGGAGGAGUUUCACCAGCUAGAUCUCCUUUGAGCACUUCUCCCAGGUACAAUUCGACGUUCAAUUCGUCACCACCACAAGCGCUGAUGUAUCACCGGCGCAAACACAAAGACAAGCACGAAAAGAAGAACAAAGAGGAGCGUAAGCACAAGUCAAUGAUUGGUGUUGAACCGAUUGAGUCUAAGGGAGAAAAUGACAUAAGCUUGUUGAACCCGCUGAGUGAGGCGUCGGAGAAUGAUCGAGGGGAUUUCAAUUUCGCUGACCGCGAGUCUUAUACGGCGAUUAAAGAGCAGUGUCUCAAGCAGAAGCUGUGCAUAUCGCUGAGGCGACUUAAUGCUAAUGCUUACACUAGAUGCAAUUAUCCUGUUAGUAAUUCUUCGUCUGGGUGCAAGAGCUCGGGCACUAGCAGCGAAGAGCUCAGCGAAAUCGAGCAGGAACAGGAUCAGGAUCAUCAGGCGGAAAGACAACCUGCUGAUAAUAGCAGCAAUCCUGAAUAUACUCCCGCUUCGCAAUUGGCUAUUAGGUUUACUACUACUCCAGUCGCGCAUUAUCUUUCUGCUACUGGCAGAAGGAUGGAUGUUGGUGAUAUUGUCUGGGGGAAAAUUCACGGGUUUCCUUGGUGGCCUGGCAAAGUUUUAAGUUUAUCAGUUUCUUGUAACGAAGACGGAACUUCAGGAAAUGCUCAAGCUCAUGUCGCGUGGUAUGGAUCAUCCACGUGUUCUUUGAUGUCUUGUGAUCGUUUGAGUCCUUUUCUUGAAACUUUUAAGGCAAGGUACAAUAAAAAAAAGCGAGGCCCUUACAAAGAAGCUAUACGACAGGCACAGUCGGAAGCACAACGUCAAAUGUUAUCGAAUUCAACGACAAAUAUAAAUGGCUGUGAAUCACCGCGUGAGGUAAAUGUUUUAUCUUGA